AAAAAGAAUUAUAGGGAGGACCUACUUCAGGUAAGGCAAUUAGGGAAGUUGAAAACUGGGCAGGGGCCUCUAGGUGGAGGGAACAGGAUAUGUGAAGAGGCCGAGGCAGGAAGGCAGGUGGUCCCUGCGGCGGGGACAGAGGUUAGGGGAUGAGGAUGCAGGUCACCCAUGCUGGGGCUCAUGGGCGGGGCUGCACACCCUGCGUGUUAUUUUAAGAGCCAUUGGGCGCUGUUGGUGGUUUGAGUGAGUGGGGACAGGAAGUGACUCCUCUGACUGUUUGUGGGAACCCAGCUCAGGGGCGGGCAGGGGGUGUGGGGAAGGCUGCAGCCCAGAGUCCAGAGAGGAAGCUCCUGCCAGCUGAGUGGGCCCUGGAGGAAGUGAGCAGCCGACCUCCCCCCUCCUGGCCUGGCCCCCGAAGCCCCCACAAGAACCCGGAACCUGCUUUUAUUCGGAACCCAGGGACCACCCCUUGUGCCCAGUAGGCCUCCGGUUUCCUGCGUGGAGAAAGCAGCCGGGCUUGGAGGCAGGCGAUGGAGCUGGAGUCCUUGUAUGACCUGCUGCAGCUCCCCAAGGGGGUGGAGCCCCCAGCAGAGGAGGAGCUCCCACAAGGAGGAAAGAAGAAAUACCUGCCACCCACUUCCCGGAAGGACCCCAGAUUUGAAGCACUGCAAAAGGUGCUGAUGGAGUGGAUCAACGCCACUCUCCUCCCAGAGCACAUCGUGGUCCGCAGCCUGGAGGAGGACAUGUUCGACGGGCUCAUCCUGCACCACCUGUUCCAGAAGUUGGCAGCGCUCAAACUGGAAGCAGAGGACAUCGCCCUGACAGCCGCGAGCCAGAGGCACAAGCUCACCGUGGUGCUGGAGGCCGUGAACCGGAGUCUGCAGCUGGAGGAGCGGCAGGCCAAGUGGAGCGUGGAGACCAUCUUCAACAAGGACCUGCUGUCCACCCUGCACCUUCUUGUGGCCCUGGCCAAGCGCUUCCAGCCUGACCUGUCCCUCCCAACCAACGUCCAGGUGGAGGUCAUCACCAUUGAGAGCACCAAGAGUGGUCUGAAGUCAGAGAAGUCGAUGGAGCAGCUCACCGAAUGCAGCACAGACAAGGACCAGCCUCCGAACGACGUCUUUGAUGAAUUAUUUAAGCUGGCUCCGGAGAAAGUGAACGCAGUGAAAGAGGCCAUCGUGAACUUUGUCAACCAGAAGCUGGACUGCCUGGGCCUGUCUGUGCAGAAUCUGGAAACCCAGUUUGCAGAUGGGGUCAUCUUACUCUUGCUGAUUGGACAACUUGAAGGCUUCUUCCUGCACUUAAAGGAAUUCUACCUCACGCCCAACUCUCCUGCAGAAAUGCUGCACAACGUCACCCUAGCGCUGGAGCUGCUGAAGGAGGAGGGUCUGCUUAGCUGCCCUGUCAGCCCUGAAGACAUUGUGAACAAGGACGCCAAGAGCACGCUGCGGGUGCUGUACGGGCUGUUCUGCAAACACAGGCAGAAUGCACACAGGGGUGCAACGCCCCAGGGAGCCCCGAAUUGACCCUCAUCACCCCCAGAGCCCACAGCCUGCCUGCCAGCCCAGCUGGAGGGCCCGAGGCCGCAGGGGUCCUCCCACAGUCCCACUGUUCUCUGUGCAUUUGUGACCCGCUUCCCUCCCACCCCAUCUCCUGUCUCCAUUGUCGGAUUAUCUUUGAACCCCCUCGUGUGGAUCAUUUUGAGCUGCCUGGCCUUGCUCAGUUUGUUUUAAUAAAAGUAUUGCUGGCCA